AUGGCCUUGGACCGAGAAGACCAGAAACCUACGAUUGAUGAUCAAUACCCAGAUCAUCUCGUAACCUUCGACGGUUCAGAUGACCCUUACAACCCUAUGAACUGGCCCUUCCGCAAGAAGUUCAUCACCACGAUCUCUUAUGGUCUCACAACUUGCUGGAUCACUUUGGCCUCUGCCAUUUUCGCUGCUGCGAUUGAACCUGUUUCUACCGAGUUCAAUGUCAACACUGAGACAUCCGCUGCAGCGACGAGUUUGCUUGUUUUUGGAUUCGGUCUUGGACCUUUGGUUUGGGGGCCGUUGAGUGAGCUUUACGGUCGGAAAUGGCUCAUCCUUAUCCCAUACUUCAUCGCCGCCAUUUUCGCAUUUGGUACAGCGACAGCAAAAGAUAUCCAAACCGUCCUCAUCACCCGUUUCUUCUCAGGCCUCUUUGGCAGCGCGCCUGUUACGAUUACCGGAGGUGUUAUGGCAGAUAUAUGGGCCCCUCACCAACUUGGUAACGCGAUUGUCGCUUAUGGAGUUACUAUUGUUGGAGGUCCGACAUUGGGUCCUAUAAUCGGCGGAACGCUGUGCUCGAGCCGUCUAGGGUGGAGGUGGACUGAGUACCUGACUGGUAUUGUGAUGAUGGCUCAGCUUGCUGUCGAUCUUUUGGUGAUUGAUGAGAGCUAUGCCCCCAUUUUGUUGGCUAGGAAAGCUCAUAAGUUGAGACUUCAGACGCAGGACUGGGCAUUGCAUGCUAAGCAUGAGGAAUGGGACGUGUCCUUCAAAGAGCUAUACCAGAAGUAUUUCAUUCGUCCUUUCCAAAUGAUGGCAACCCCCAUCUGUCUUCUCAUGUCACUGUACGCCUCGUUUGUUUAUGGCAUUCUAUACGCCAACCUUGAAAGCUUCUCGAUCGAGUAUAAGGAAGUGCGCCAGUGGGGACCAGUGGUCGGUUCAUUGCCAUUUAUCGCACUGUUAAUCGGCAUUCUCUGCGCAGCAGCGGUCAAUAUUUACAACAACAAAUACUAUCGCAGGAAGCUUAUGGAGAAUGGAUACAGGGCUGUCCCAGAAGCGAGAUUGCCCCCGAUGAUGCUCGGAGGUAUCGUCUUUACAGCCGGACAGUUCCUCUUUGCAUGGACCUCAUCUCCGAGCGUCAACUAUUGGCCAUCAAUCAUCGGCGUUGCGUUGACUGGCCUUGGCUUCACAACCAUCUUCCAAGCUGCACUAGGCUAUCUCAUCGACACGUUCACUCGUUAUAGCGCAAGUGCAGUUGCAGCCAAUACCUUUAUGCGAUCCAUGUUCUCCGGCGCAUUUCCUUUGUUCAUCAUCCCUAUGUACCACAAACUUGGAGUGGACUGGGGAACAACUGUCUUUGGUUGCAUCGCUGCGGCGUUGAUCCCUGUUCCUUAUCUGUUCUUUGUUUGGGGAAAGAGGAUCAGAGAGAAGGGGAAGUGGAGCAAGGACAGCUUUUAG